AUGACUGACAUACGCGACAUCCCACGUCACCGCGAGCUCAGCUACAAUCGCAAUAACAGAUCUUUAACAAUCAACUACGACUUCAAUCUAGGCCACAUAGAAAAUGAGGGAGAGACCUUGGAGUAUACAUUAACUCAAUAUGCCACCUUCACCGAAAAAGUCAUCGUCAAAAUCCAAUUCCCCGAACCACAAAAUAGAUUUCGCUGCAAUGUGCAAACUUUUGGAAUCACAUAUACCGUUGAUUACGGACCCCUUAAUCAGACUGAGAAUUUGCGCCGUAUUGCAGAUGCUGUUCGAGUCCUUAGAGGGUUUCGUCAGUUGAGAACUCUAGAAAUUAGUUUGAGCCUCGACACCGAAGACUUCAGCCGGAUCGCUUGUGUCGCUCCGUUUUCUGACUUGCGUAGCCGUUGCCAGCAGUGGAGCAUGAGAUAA